AUGCCAUUGUUUGACAGAGAAAAUUUCUUGAGCAGGAUUAGAAAUCCAAUGCCAAAGGAAGCGGAUUUGAACGAUGAUCCCAGGCUAAGUCUGUUGGUGGCCCAGGCUCUUUUGUUUGUUGGCAGUACUUUUGUGGAUAUGGACGUUAUUCAUGCGAUGGGGUUUGCAUCCCGACCAGCAGCGCGCACCUGUUUAUAUCAGCGAGCCACCCUGCUCUACGAUUUCAAAGUUGAGCCAAAUCCUGUCGCCAUACUGCAAUCGCUGCUCCUUUUGACGUAUUGGGUCGAAAUGGACGAUCAAAGAGGACCAUGGCACUGGAUCCAUGCAGCCGUUUCGCAUGCACAGACGAUGGAUCUCUAUGGAAAGAUUGUUAAAUCUUCGGGUAACCACUCGGAGAUCAAAAUGCUGCGAAGAUUAUGGUGGUGCUGUUUCAUGAGAGAAACAAUCAUUGCAGUGGGUAUACGGUGCACGACGUUGCUCAGAAUCGACGAGUACGACAUAACACCACUCAACCUUGAUGAUUUCGAUUUCCCCAGCUCACCUGAAGAUCAGUCCUGCGGAACCACAGAGAAGGAUCGCAUAUUGGCAAUUAUUACUGUUGAAAUGGCCAGACUCUGUUCUUGCAUCAACCGGACGCUUUCAGCCCGGUAUUCAACAACGAUUAUCUGUCGUGCAAACACUUUACUAUCACAAAUGUCAGAACCUCUUACUCCCCAUGGUGUCAUGACUUUCGAAACAAAUGAUUGUGCGGCGCAAUUGUCGGGGUGGUUGCAUGAUCUAAGGGAAGAAGCGCGGUGGACGAAGAAGGACGAAGAGCUCUCUACAGUGGCCGACUCAAGUCUGACACUCCACAGAAUAAUGCUGCAGAUGACAUAUUUCACCGCAGUCAACGACCUCUACCGCUCUCAAGUCUACCCAUCGGCAGAGGAGCAAUAUUUGGCCCGGGGCAUCAAUGAUAAAGUGCGCCAGCAGUACCGCAAAAUACUCUUUCGUGCUGCAGAGAGGACCGCGGCACUGGCCGAAGCCGUGUUCCGUCACAAUCUGAUGAGAUAUAUGCCUUCCUCUAGUACCUCCGUUCUUCUUCCUUCCAUCGUCGUCCAUGUUCUGCGAAUCCGAGAGUGUCCAGAAAUUGCAGAUGUCGGAACCAUUCAGGGUCUCUUUUCCUGUCUUCGGCUCAUGGAGGCUCUCACAGAGAAGUACAGCUGCGCUAAGCGCGCCAUGAACUUCUUGGAACCGGGUCUGGAAGCUAUCCGUAGAGAAAGUUCUGUGGAGUUCGAGAAAGACCGCUCCUGUGAGGCGCAGCUGUUGCCACGGAGUUACACGAACAGCUCGCCAUCGCCUUACCGGUCUGGGGUCAUGCUGGAAACCUUCGAUCAGAGUGCAAGCAUAGACACAGAAUCAACUGUUGGACAGUUUGAAAAGGCUAAUGGUGAAAUAUCCGCCUUAAGGACUGUUCGGCCUGACGUACGAACAUGGGCGGGAGCAAUUUCAACGCAUCUCACGGGGUCUGUCGAUAAUGCUGAUGUCAACAUGCAACAGACACCUACCGCUUUUCGGACCGUGAACCAAGGUAGCGACGGCACAGACAACCAGAUUCUUUGUGGUGAGGGCUUUGAUCAGGCUUUGGCUCACUCCGCCUCCUCUUUCUUGGGAUGCAUUGAUGAAAGCUCCUUUCCCAACAAUACUGGAGAGGAUUUUGCAGAAGAUGAGGAUGGAUCCAUGCCGUGGAUACGUUGGCUAGAACUCGGGGAUGACACUCUAAUACUGUGA